UCUUCAUUUUCCAUAUCAAAGAGAUCAUAUAUAUAUACAACAUCCAAUAUCUUAUAUUUAAUUAGAAUGUCUAGCAUUUUUAAGAUUAUCGGGUUUCAGAACAGAAGGUCAUAUUCAGACGGAGAUGACGAUGGUGAUUAUGACUAUGCUCCUGCAGCAUUCUUAGAAGGAGAUGACGAUGAUGGAGAUUAUGAUUAUGCUCCAGCAGCAUCCUUGAAUGGAGAUGACGAUGACGGAGACUAUGAUUAUGUUCCUGCAGCAUCUUUGGACGGAGAUGACGAUGAUGGAGAUUAUAAUUAUGCUCCAGCAGCAUAAAGUAUUAUAGAUUCUUGACAAUGGCGAAUCUAGAAUAGACCCAACGUGUUGAGUCC